UGAUUUCACAGUGGGCAUGUCGUUCAAAGAAAAGCUCAUAGUCGGGUCACAGUAAUUGACAAAAAAAAAUUGCCAGGAUUUUUUCUCGCAGCAGGAAUUAUGUUGGAUACAUGAAAAAGUUAUUUUUUCUUGAUGCAAAAGAAUGUAUACAAUUACGAUAUUUUUUCAAGUGGAGAUCUUGUUAACAUGGUGUCGGGAAGUGGGGAGAUUUGAGGAAGUUUAGGUAAAUCACUUAAAGAAUUAAUGGACAAAUUAUGUGAUACCAUGACAACAGUGCUAAGAACUUCAUGAGAGUUAUUUCCCCUGUUAAAAUGGAGAUGAGUUCGUUAAGUACAACACCAAAUUAUAAACCUCAAAAUAGGGCAGUAGGUCGUCGCACUCACGAAAGAAAUAAACGUGGAAGUAAAACAUAUAGUUCCUCCGAGGAAGACUUUCACUCGGACGAUAAUCUACGACCAUAUGAAGAAGUUAAAACAGCUCUACAUGACAAAAAACUGAAUGCUUUAGACUCUGAUGGUGGCAAACGGUUGUCAUGGUUUCUAUCCAAUGACCAGGAACAGGUCUACAACUAUCCAAAACAACUUCUUCUCAUACCCUACAGUGAAGGAAUCAGUACCGGAAAUGAGUACAUGAGUACCCCAAUAACACCACUAAUGGACAAACAAACCAACAGAAACGUUUCACCUCACAAAAAGAUCAAAGGUCGCACCCCAUCUCAGACAUCUUCUAAUGGACGUUUGUAUAGUUACGUGAGCGGGUCGGAUGGUGACGAGGACGAUAAUGAUACUUCGUCAUCAAGUAACCGGAGACGUCGGCAUUGGAGGAAAGGUUCCCCGCACAGUACCGUCUCAUCGUCCAAUGAAAUGGACACUUACAGAAUGAGAAACGAUCAGGUUUCGCACCUGUCUUUAUCGGAGGACUCAGACGGAGAGAAUCGAGCACCAGGUCCUGUGCAAUUCUCUCUAGCAGGUACUAUGCCAUUGCCCCCGCCCAGCGCUCCACCACCACCCCCUCCACCAAUAGAGGACAUUCCACAGCGCGGUCAGACCACGCCUCAACACCAGUUGUGUAAACACCAUCAGUUACAGCAGCAAAGAUCGUUGCAGUUUGGACCACAAGUAAGGGGAAAUUACUCCGAUGUGGAGAAUGCUCGUAGAGGACUUCCGAUAGAUAAUCACGAACACCUUCGGAGAUUACAUUCAGAUUCGGAUUGUAUGUGCGCGCACACGCGCGGGACUAAUCAUUAUUCAGAUGGUGACGCAUGUGAUUAUGAGCCACAUUAUCUAGUUCAAACUCCAAAUGGAAGUAUUUUUAUUCCACAGUCACAAGUACUCGGUCCAGAUGGGCAGCCAAGGUUUCCCCGUACGGUACCUCGAUCAGGUUCAAUACCCUUGAUGAGAAACAAUGAUCCACAGAGUCCGAAUGGGGGCGUGGUACGGCCCCUAGAACCGGCAACAAUGCCAAGACAGUUCGCUGCGCCCCCUGACCAACAGCCACAAAAUAUUGUUUUUAAUGACAGAGUGCCAAACGGAUCCUGUAAUCCCCAGAACCAUGAAUACCAGGAGGCAUGGGACACGCAAAAUUUUGUUUAUCCGCACCAAUUUACUACUACAAGUCCCACAAUUCCUUUCUACCCAAGCGGACAGUUGGCGAACUACGAGAAGUUCAACAGUUCGAAACACGAGUGGAAGGAGAAGCUACGGGAGCGGUGUUCGUGGCGAUGUCUCGCAAUAAUUGUUCUAGUCUUAAUGUUGCUCAUUUCACUCGGUGUCAUAGCUUAUUUAUUAAAAACACGAUAUGUGGACGAUGCGGUAGAGGUUGACGCGGGAACGACGUCACAUGACCAUGGGAGAGGAGGAUAUGGUAAUACGAGUUCGCCCUGUUCCCCAUAUUGUCUUCUAUAUCUACAACAUUUAAAUGUAUCAUCUGUACCUAGUGAUAGUUUAGUGCAUGCAGGAGGAAGUACGCUAGCUCCGCCUACUUUACCUAUAGCCCAGUACCAGGUCGGCGACAAAAUGAAACAAACAAUACCACCCAAAUCAUUCUGGACAUCGCAAUUUAAUCAACCGGAUUCAAAGUUUGUGAAAAUAAAUCUGACAGUACCAGAAGAUGGCGUGUUUGGAAUUUACGGACGACGCGGGGCUUCCCCUUCCAUUGCUCAGUUUGAUUUCUUCGACAUCAUUGAUGGACGCACUCUUAACUCAAGAGUUAAAAGAUCGGCAAAGAAUCAUGAGACGGCAUUGAACAAGUACCUAGAGGCUGGGGUUUGGUUUAUAUCUGUGUAUAAUGACCAGGAGGAUGCUCAAACGGUGUCACUGAAAACCGAUUUCUACAAACCCGAGACUGGUUGCCCAGGCGAUUGUUUUCUGCAUGGAAGCUGUGUGGAUGGACAAUGUCAAUGUUUUCCUGGUUACACAGGCUGGGAUUGUAAUCAAAAAACAUGCCCAGUGUUAUGCAGUGGCAAUGGAAUGUAUAUCAGAGGUCAGUGUCAUUGUCACACAGGCUGGAAGGGGAUCGAGUGUGACAUUAGGGAGAACGAAUGCGUAGUGCCGAACUGUAACGGAAAUGGCGUGUGCAUCGAUGGAAGGUGCGAAUGUCACGAAGGGUUCAAAGGGGUCGAUUGCGGAGACAUUGACUGCCUUAUGCCUAACUGCUCGGGUAACGGGGUUUGUGCCCUAGGCGAGUGUGUAUGUUAUAAAGGUUUUAAAGGGACCGAUUGUAGCAUUCCGGAUAAACUUAACAUAACACACUUGUGCACGAAAAAUUGCUCGGGUCACGGGAUAUACAAUGUAGAGGACGGCAAGUGUGAAUGUGAGCGAUUUUUCACUGGGAAAGAUUGCGAUACAGAUGUGACAGUAAAUAAUAGAGGAGAACAAUGUCGACUAGAGUGUUACCAUGGUUAUUGUCAUAAUCAGCGUUGUCUGUGUUAUGAUAACUGGAGUGGCGCCUUGUGCGAUCAGUUAAAGUGCGAUCCCCGCUGUGACGGUGUCCGUGGUAACUGUAACAACGGCACAUGCCUGUGUUUGAAGGGAUACAACGGGAAACACUGUAGUCUGGAUGGUUGCCCAAAUGACUGCAGUAAUAAUGGGGUGUGUACUCUAGGACAACAGGGCUAUAGUUGUAAAUGUCGCUCCGGCUGGAAAGGAGAAGCAUGUGACGUUUCCAUGGAGAUGCAGUGUAAAGAUCAUGUAGAUAAUGACGGAGAUGGAUUGAGAGAUUGUAUGGACCCUGACUGUUGCGCUAGUAAAGAGUGUGAAGAUAAUCUGUAUUGUCGUGCUUCCCCUGAUCCCGCUGAAAUACUGCUGCGUAAACAGGCCACCUCUGCAACGGCCUCGUUCUACGAGAAAAUGAAGUUCCUGGUAGAAGAGAAUAGUGUCCAGAUGGAUACAUCAAAGAAUGCAUUCAAUGAAAGUCAAGUGUCUGUUAUCCGGGGCAAGGUACAGUCAGUGGACAAGACUGCGCUAGUUGGGGUUCGUGUAGAUAUUGAUAAACAGCCUCUGUAUGGUUACACUCGUACACGAGAACAUGGCCUGUUUGACAUUCUGGUGAAUGGUGGUGGAUCAGUGACACUGAAAUUUUCCCGUCAACCAUUCUUGACUCGCACUGUGAGCGUACUGGUACCCUGGAAUCAGAUCAUCACCAUGGAAACCGUUGUCAUGGCAUUAAUAGAGAGAGAUAUGUUACUACCGAACCCGAACCUCUGUGGGAUAUCACAUAACCACUACAAGCUUCAGCCAGUGGUUUUGUCGACAUGGCAACACACACAGCUAGGGUCGUGUCCGGAGAAAAGUACGAUUAUCCCAGAAUCACAGGUUUUGCAAGAGAGUAUAAGUAUACCGGGAACCAGUGUUAAUCUGGUAUACCACAGCAGUGAGACUCCCGGGUACCGGUCAGUGAUCAUGAUUCAGAUGACCACGAAGGACAUUCCACUAGCUCUGGCCGUUGUCCACCUCAGGGUGUCGGUAGAAGGAAUCCAGUUUGAGAAAACAUUUGAGGCGGACUCGGAACUGAAGUACACAUAUGCGUGGGAUAGACGUAAUGCCUAUAGACAAAAAGUGUAUGGAAUAGUACCAGUUAGAGUUAACGUCGGGUACCAGUACAGUGGGUGUGGCUAUAUAUUUUGGGAGACGCGAGCUCUACCAUGAGCUGGUUUUGACCUGACCUCAUCUGAAAUUGGACGCUGGAAUCUUGAUAUACAUCAUACGUACAAUUUCCAGGAAGGUAUUCUCCAUAAAGGUGAUGGUACGAAUAUAUACCUAAAAGAGAAACCUAAAAAGUUAAUCAGUAUACUUGGUAGCGGACAGCGACGUCGGGCAGAUUGUGAUGGCUGUAACGGUCCGGCACGUGACAACCGGCUCUUAGCUCCGGUAGCAUUGGCCAGCAGUAGAGAUGGGAGCUUAUAUGUGUGGGAUUAUAAUUUUAUCCGGAAGUUGUCACCAAGCAGGGAGGAGAUAGCCAGCAUUUUACAAAUCAUGACAUACACUUCCCACAAGCCGUAUAUGACUGUGAGCCCAGUGGACAGUAGACUGUAUAUCUCUGAUUACAUGAACAGAAGAAUUAUCCAUGUUAAAACAAUGGGACCAGUCCGUGAACUUGAGGAUAACUAUGAAGUUGUAGCGGGCACUGGUGACGAGUGUACCCCAGGGGAGCGAGAUCUGUGUGGGGAUGGGAAACAGGCGUUAACUGCGAGAUUCUUACACCCUAAAGGCAUUGCUAUAAAUAAAGAUGGCGUCAUUUACGUGGCUGAUGGAGCAAAUAUACGCAAGAUUGACACCAACAAGAUAAUCUCUACAGUGAUUGGCUCACAGGAUCAACCGAAGGCGUGGAAACCAAUGUCAUGUGAUGAGAGUAUGCCAGCUGAUCAGGUGAGGUUAAACUGGCCUACAGCAUUGGCUAUUGACCCUCUGGAUGACACGCUGCAUAUACUGGAUGACAACAUUGUACUGAAGUUAACCAAAGAUAACAGGGUAGUCACCGUUGCCGGGCGACCAAUAACGUGUCCCCAGAAAGAUGUCAAUUUCUUACCGAUAGGUGUUCUAACUGAUGAUGAGCAGGCGUCCAGUAUUGCUGACCAUGUGAAACUUGUCCAGCCAGAAAGUUUGUCGUUCGGGCCUAAUGGAGAUUUAUACAUUCUCGAGAGUGAUACGCAUCAUAUUAACCGAGUACGAGUGGUGACUACAGAUGGCCGAAUUCAUCAUUUUGCCGGUACAAAAUCUAAAUGUGAUUGUCAGCAGAGUAAUUGCAGAUGUUACGAUCCUACUGAAAAUUCGGCUGCCCAGGCUUUAUUUGAAGAACUGACGGCAAUUACGGUGACCCCAGAUGGCAUCGUGCAUUUUGCCGACUCCGGUAACCUGAGAGUAUUUUCGGUAAUCUCUGAACUCCCGACCCUAAAUUGGCUUGGUCAGUAUGAAGUGGUUUCAACAGAAACUAAAGAACUGUAUAUAUUUAAUCGUUAUGGCCAACAAAUUCACACUGUCAAUUUGAUGACUGAUCAAUACAUGUACAAUUUUACUUACAAUAUCAACUCAUUCUACGGAAGACUGGUUGCUGUAACUGAUAAUGCUGGAAAGAAUGUACAGAUUGAACGAGACUAUGACAGACAGGCGAAGGAAAUCAUUUCACCAACUGGCGAGAAAAGUCGUCUGCAGACGGACAACAUGCAGCGUCUCCAGAAGUUCCUAUCACCUGAUAACACCAGCUUUACGUUCACAUACGACCCAACAUCGGGGCUGCUACAGAGUAAAAAGUUGUCAGAUGGCAAAAUCUACAUGUACACCUAUGACGAAAUGGGCCGUCUGCUGAGUGCCAUCCAGCCAACAGGGGAGAUUACCCACCUACACACUGACGUGAAUGCAACAGGUUCUAUUGUGCACGUGACUACAGAUAACAGUAACACAGUUGCUAUGGCAACCUAUGGCAGUGUACAGUCAGCUCUGCAUGGAGCCUCCGAGACUAAAGUUACGUAUCUUCCAGAUGGAGCUGUGGUAGUUGUGUUUCCAAGCAACCUUACCAUUGCUCUUGAAUCUGGUGGAAAUCCGGUUCUAGAGAAUCAGCACCGGAUGCAUUUCAAGCGGAAGCUCAUUGCACCCAACAAGCUUGUGCACCGACUUGAAUGGAGAUUCUUCCUGCGUCGUAAAGGUCGCCCGAAGGAGAACGUUCAGAAACUGGGUCGUCGUAUGAGGGUAGGGGAGGUGUUUACGAGGCAUGAUAGCAUGCUUGACUCGCAUGAAGAGGGUGGCUACAAGGAGAAAGCCCUGUUGGUAAAUGGCGAGAACUUACUAACUAUAGAAUAUGAUCGUGAUACGCACACGGAGACCAUCUUGGAUAAAGAUCUUCACGAGAUUAUCACGACAGCAUUCGACAAUUCUGGUCUCCCCACCCACUUCCUGCCAGCCAAGAAUCAUCAUUCUCUGAAUGUGACGUAUAAUGCAGGAGGGGAGAUAAUUCACUGGAAGUAUGGCGAUUUAGAGGAGAGGCGGAUAUUUGAGAGCGGUGUGUUGAAAGAAAGAACUGGAAAUAAUGGGGCCCAGUAUAGGUACAACUACAGAUAUGGCAAAAAGCCAACUGAUAUUCACCUACCAAGUGGCCUUCAGUAUUAUCUCCAGUAUGACGAGGAAGGUAAUUUAAUGAUGGUUCGAACCCCUGGCCUCGGAAAACAUUACUUCUACAGAAUUAUGAUGACAGGCUCACAGAGAUACUUUUACGAAGUCCCAAUGCUAGAGCUUCCUUAUAUUGAAGACUAUAACGGAAUCGGCAAACUUCAGCAAAUAAUAUUUCCAAGCGAGUACAGAAAAAUUGUUUAUCGGUACAACCAUUUUUCACAGCCGACACUUGUUAUUUAUGGCGAUACAGAAAUAAACUUUGAGUAUGACGCAAAUAUUUCAAUGAUGUCAUCUGCCGAGACAAAGGGUAGAGGAUAUAGGUUAUUGGAAACUUUCAGAUACGAUUCUUCCCUUAUCAGUUCCUCGGACAUAAACUUCCCAGAUGAUGUCCUUCUGCUUAAUGCCAAAUUUGACUAUAUUUAUGACAAAAACUUCAGGCUAGUUGCUGUAAGUGGGCUCUUUGGAAAGAACAUUACUACAUCAAGUACUUUUACUUUUGACGAUACAAACGGUUUUCUGAAAAAAGUUAAAAAUAUGAAUAUUCAAUGGCCGUUGGUUGAUCGGGAGAAGAUCUAUGAUGAACAUGUUGUGAUGAGCCGAGAACUUGACAUGUAUGGCCGUUUGCAAAAUAUUCAAUAUGUCUUCCGUGACAAUAUCCGGUUUAAACUUGGUAUUGUUUAUGACGAAAUGAAUAGGAUAAGCAGUUGGAAUAGAUUGAUCGGACAGACGGAUGCAUGUCAGUUUGGUUACACAUAUGACAUAGACGGAAAUUUGAUUGAAGUGAGUCAGGACGGAGAAACAAAAUGGCAGUAUGGCUAUGACAAUAAUGGCAAUAUAAACAGAAUUGAAGAAGAUGGGUUGAACUUGGAAAUGUCAUUCGAUGCAGGGGACAAGAUUAAAACCUUUGAUAAAAUGAGAUACAAGUUUGAUUUAGAUGGUUUUAUGUUACAAAGACAUGAUGAAGAUUUGUUGUUUAAUUCUCUAGGUCAGAUGGUAUCAAUUACGAACUCUGGAUUGUUUAAAUUUUCCUUCCAUUAUGACCAUCUGAGUAGAAUCGUGUCACAGGGCGAUCGUCUAGGAAACAUCAUGCAGUAUUUCUAUGCCGAUGUCUCCAGGAAACAUUUAGUGACUCACUCUUAUAAUCACAGCAACCUUGAAAUGACGCAGUACUUUUACGACUCAAAAGGAAAAUUGAUUGCAUUCGAACGUCAGAACAAGCUGAACUACAUAGCCACCGAUCCGAUGGGAAGUCCGAUCGUCAUUUUCGAUGAAAACGGUCUUAUUAUAAAACAAAUUGUUUAUGAUCCACUGGGUAAGAUUGUGUCCGAUUCAAAUCCUAAUUAUGAAUUCAGUUUUGGUUUCCAAGGUGGAAUAUUUAAUCCAACGACAAAACUGGUGCAUUAUGGGAAGAGAGUGUAUGAUACUAUGAUUGGACGUUAUGUAAAUCCGGAUUAUAAUGCAAUGUUAAGGAAUCUACAGUUUCUGAUGGAAGACCCGUUAAUGAUGAACAAUUAUCAUCAUAGGUUCCUGGUUAACACACAUCUCCAAGAUAGAAAGUUCCCUACAUUGGAUACAGCAAAAUGGUUGACCUUGCUAGGAUUUGACCUUGACAGUAUGGCACCAAAUGUUGGAUAUGAUGGCACCGUACGACCACAACCAGAUAUGUUCAAUUUCAAUCUUCUACCAACAUCGUCAGCUUUUGAAUGCACGUUCCAUCGAGAUAUGCAGAAUAUGCUGUCUAUUUCAACUGUACCGCAGUCGAGAGUUUCACCUAUUCAAAAAUUUGUAACAAUAUCACCGGCCCCUAAACAGGUGUUGUACAGUGAAUUACUUUUGACGUCUAUUAAUAGCGAAGUAAUGACAGCUUAUUUGGACAGUUCACCAGCAUGGGCCAAGAAAUUUAGUGCAUUUCUGAACGAAUCUGAAAUUCUUGAUCUGAAAUAUACAAUUCAUGGUCGGGAAGUGCUUUAUUUUGUUAAACCGGAUGCCUCAACAGUGACUGACGAGUUGAAGGCCCUUGGUAUCCAUGGAAAUGCUGUUACUUAUGAAAAUAAUAUAAACGUGACUGUGAACAGACACUCACAUCAAAAUGGGUUCCGCACCCAUUCGUACACCGAGACUGAUGUACGUUUCCACGGGAACCAUUCUGUGAUUAAUAUUCGUUUCGGAAGUCACUUAGACCAUGAGAGACAGAGGGUGAUUCAGCACGCGAAGGAACGUGCAAUUCACCAUGCUUGGGCACGUGAAAAGUGGUUAAUACAAAAUAGUUUACCGACUUACCACAGUUGGACAGAACGUGAGAAAAAUGAUAUAGUGACUGCAGGUUAUGCUGAUGGGUUCGAUAUUCAAUAUGAACGUAAUCCAGAUGAAUUUCCAUAUAUAGCAGAUGACUGUAACAAUGUAAAAUUUGUUAAAGUGAAAAGAUAGGGAAUAGAAAGUUUAAAAAAAAACUUCAUGUAAACAUAACCAAAAGCACAAAUUGUGAUAUAUAUUAACCGUAAGGGACAUGUAUGCCUGCCUAUAUAUAUAUUGGUAGGCAAUAGUUUACAAAGAAUUCCAUGACUGUGUUUUGUUUAUUGGUUCCCAGCUGCAAAUUUAUGAUUAAGUGUGUCAGUAUUGCUGCAGUAACAAGGUAACCAUUGGUUCCCAAUCAUAACUAUCAUAAGUAUGAACUAGUGCCCAGAUUUUUGUGGAAAAGGUCUGAACGUUAAAACACUGAUCCCCGGCCUAUACUCUUAAUAAGCUGUUCCCUGUGUUCCUAAGAGGAACUGCAAUAGGUACUCAAAACAUUUGUUAACACUGCAGGUACCAGGCCACAAAAAGCCAGUAUUAAAAUAUGCUAAGGAAAUCACUGUGAUUUGAAAUAUAGCACAUUGGCUACAGCAUAAAAAAUGAGAAAUACAUUAAUUAGAUAUACAUGGUGAUAAAAAGAGUGAUAUUAUACUAAAAGAGGGGUGUUCAAAAACAAUCUUUAUUAACUGGAAACCUGCUGCUGAUGUCUUGAGAUAGUGACUCUUGUUAGUUACCCUGUAAACAGGGGUAUACAUUCAUGAAAAAAAUCAAAAUGUAUGUGCCAGGGAGAAACUGAGAUACCAUGAAUGAUGGAUGCUGUUGUUUUUUUUUUCAUAGAUGAGAAGAAAGAAAAAACAGUUACAAAGUGUUGCUAUGUAUAGUUUAUGUAAACUAGAUCUAUGUACAUGUACAAAUGUCUGAAACUAUUCAAAAAAUGUUAUUUCAUCGUAUUUUUAGUAAGAAAAUGUUAAGUAUUUGUAAAAAUGUUACACAGGCCGAAUUUAUUUACUUACCUUAAUAAUCAAAUGUUUGAAAUAUUUUAUUAAGGCACAGACCAGGGCCUUUAAGAUUUAAAUUAGAUAUUUGGAACCAGUCUAUUGCUCUCCUUGUUUUUGAUUGGUUGAUUUUACUAACUGACAUUAAACUUGUUUCCAGUUUUGAAUUUUGGCUUAACAGAAAUAUGCAUUUACAAUUAAGAAAACCUUUUUUUAAUAACAAUUCUAUUUUAAAUGGGCUAAAUGCUUUAUGAGGUAUACAACUUUUAGAUAUCUGGAAAAAGCACUAUUGACAAAUAUGAAAAUUUGCAAAGUAAUGUACAUGUAUUGCUGUGUGUACAUAAUUGGUUGGCGUCAAAUAUAAAUAUGUAUAAAAGUUAGUGCUACACAAAUCUUUUGUUUUUGUUCUAGUCAUAAAAAGGAUUAUCAUUUGCCAUGUAUAUGUUGUGUACUGUGUACAUAUAUGCUCUGUACAUGGACAUACCAUGCGCAUAUAUAUAUGCUGUGUACAUUGAUGUUAUGUGUAAAUACUGUAUGUAUAUAUUGAGCUAUAUAAAUAUAACAUGACUGUGAUUUUCAGUUUCGUUCCAAAGUAAAUGACCUAACAAAGCGAGAAAAAUCCCGCUCUUGUGAGCGGAACUAUUUUAAUUUAUAUCUUGCAAUACAAGGGGAUCGGCAUGUAACUAGUCUAUAUGCCGUAUUUACUAAUAUGCACAUACAGACUUAUGCCAAAUCGACCCCUUCAUUUUCUAGGAUAAUGGCAUAGUUUUAAUAAUACAAAAUGUAUACAAUUCUAGGGUUGACCCCAAAACUGCAGUUACUUGUAUGAAAUAAAGAAGGACUUACAACAGUUUUGCGGUGAACCCACAAAUUGGUGACUUAAUUACAACUUAAACGUUGCAUUAUUUGAAAUUUUCCCUCUUUCAAAAGGGGAUUCUUUGUAAAAAUUCAGAAUCAUAUUUCAAUUUUUAUGACUUACUGAAAAAAAAAACCACGCUAGUUUUGAAGCAGUUAACUUUAAUGAAUCAGUAUUGUGUUUUGAAUGACUUUAUUCUCUACUUAAAUAUUGAAGAAAAGAAAAGUUAUUGAUAUAUAUGACAAACAAAUUAUCAUAAGUUUCUAUGUAAAGUGUCACAAGAAAAAGUUACUAAAUUUGUAACAUGUAACAGUAAUAGCUACUUCAUGUAACGACAGUUUGGCAUCACUUUGAAAACACUGGUAGUAUGGGGGAUAGGUGUUAUCACUUUUAAAUAGCAUAAGAUUAUUUUAUUUGUCUGUAUGCAAAUUAUAAAUAAGUUAUACUGUGGCAUGUUUCAAUUUUAGUGACCAGUCAGUUACUAUUUAAUGUUAUUUAUAACUGUUAAAAAUCAAGUGUGCCAUUUUACAUGUUGAGUGUCCAAAAUUUUGACGUUCUGUUGGAAUUUGUAUUUGUAAAUUAAAUGUUAAAUAUUUCUGAACCAAAUUCUUAAUUUGUAUUUGCACAAUCACAAAAAUUCAAGUCAUGUAAUUUCAUUGAAGUUCAUUCAAUAUUCUAAAAGAAAUGUGUGUAUUCUUUUUCCCAUUCAUUAAUAUUAUGUCAUUAACUCAUUGGUCAUUUAAAUAUUUGAAAUCGUUUUGUGUUCAAUUAAUAUUUUUCAAAUUUUUGAAAGUUCUGUGAAAAUAGUUUUUCAUUUAAACCAUAGAAUUCAUUAUUAACAAAACAAUUAAAAUAUGACUAAAUAAAAUUAUCUGAAGGCGCAAUAAUCAGAUUUGUCAUGUACAUUCAUUUUAUAAAACUGUUUAUUUCAUUUUAUUCAUAUUAUGAUAUUUAUGGUUGUGUUUGAAAUGGUGGGGGGGGGGGGGGGGGGAAUCAAAACCAAAAAAAAAAAUUUAACCACUUUUUCCAACUUGGCUGUGCCAAAGAAUUACAAUUUUUUUUUUAAUUUUUCGAAACACUUUCAAAUAUAUUUGUAAUAUUUUGUAUAUGUACUGACUUAAGUUUUUAUUCUAAAUUUAUUGAGAAUGGUUUACAAUACAAUGGUGUUAUCAAUUGUCUACUGUAUUUAUGUGUUAAAGUUUCAUUUUUUUACUGUUGGCCUAUCUUUGUGAAUCUUAUUAUUGAUCUCUUUUGUUUUUUUGAAAUCCUUUUAAUAUAUGCAGUAUUAGAAUUGAAUGUAUACAUAAAAAUAACUUCUACAAAACUUUGAACUUUGACUUUAAAUUCAUUUCCUUUAAUAGUGUGAAGGUCAAAGAUUUUAUCAUUUCUACAAAAAAAUAACAUUGACCUUGUAAUAAUGACCUUUUACAUUAUGUCAAGGUCAGGAGAAAGGCUCUAACAGUAAAGAAUUUGACCUCAUUUCAUAAGCAAAGGUCAAGUAUUUGGUAUUUGAGAAGAACAUUGACCCCGUUUUUCCAAAUUAGAUCAAACAUGGUAAAUUUCAUGAAAUCUUUGACCUAAUUUCUCAUGUCAAGGUCAUGAACGCUUUCUAUAAAUAACCUUGAGUCUUUUGUUUGUAUUUCAAGGUUAUAAGUCAUUUUAUUCAUUCAAGAAUAUUUCUUUUUUUGAAAGAUUUGAGUUGUUAUGUCUGAUAGGGCUUGUUUUUAUGUAAGGAAUUUUAAAAUGUAUGUCUGCAUUUUCGCAAUUAUAUGCAGGUGUAAAUGUUAAAUGAUGCUAAUAGUUAUAACUAUGGAAGAAUAGAUGUUGUUUUUAUGGUUGGGUAAAUUUUAAGUUGUUGCAGUUGUUCUGUUCUUGAUACUUUUAGUCUGUUUUAACGAGUCAUUUUAUAUUUUGUCCAUAUACAUUUUGUAUUUUAAAUGAAACUAAUAAAUCUGAAUAUAUUACAA